AUGGCGAAGAAACGCAAGGCGCCGGCUCAAUCGCAGGAGCCAAAGGAAGCCCCCGAACUGGAUGCUGCAGAUGCCCGCAAACGGAUCACGAGCUACAAGGAUGUCGCGGAUUCCGACGACGAAUUCCACCUUAAUCAGGACGAGAUACGAUUAGGCGAAGAGCCACAGGCCAAGCGUCGCCGCAAAUGGGCCGAGCAGGAAGAGUUCUUGGAGCAGUCGGACGAAGAAGUGCUAGGCUAUUCAGACGAGGAGGAAGCAGAAAGUGAGGGAGAAGAUGAGACCGCCCCGCGCAAAGCUCUGCAAAGUCGCAAGAGCGCGCGAUCAGACUCGGAAGGCUCCGACGACGGUCAAAACGAUGGCAACGAUGAUCAAGAGCUGGGAUGGGGUACUUCCAAGGCCGAUCUGUACGGCGCCGACGAGAUUGAAACCGAGGAACAGGCACUUGAGGAAGAGGCGGAAGCCCUGCGUUUGCAGAAGCUACAGCUCGAGUCCAUGAACGCCGCCGAUUACGAGCUGGACGAGGACGAAUGGAAGCAAAGUGCCGGCCCAGAGACUGCCGAGGACGACGACAAUGGUGUUGUGACUGAGGUCAUUCCCCAACUACACAUUGCUGCCGACUUAGGCCCCGCAGAGAGACUGAAACUUCUCAAAUCAAGAUAUCCCGAGUUCGAACUUCUAAGCCAGGAGUUGUUAAGUCUUCAAGAUACCCACACACAAUUGGCCAAGACUGCGGAAGUCUCUCCGAUAUCUCGCAUCAAGUUCAGAGCAGCCUCGGCAUAUCUUGGAGCUUUGGUGAUGUACUUUUGCUUGUUCACCUCGACGGCAUCCCAUGGUGAGGGUGGAGCAGCAGCAAUGUCUGCCACUCAACUUCGAGAUCACCCUGUCAURGACAGCCUAGUGAAGUGCAAGGAGGUCUGGUCUGGCGUGGAGCAUCUGGUCGAGGACGGCACAUCUGAAAGCGAAGAAGAUCUCGACUCCAACGCCGACGCUGCUAGUACAGAUGGAGAAAGUGAGGAAUCGGUGGUCAUUGAUUCCAAGCCGGCGAAGAAGUCCCGUGCAGAGCGGCAUGCAGAGGCGGCCCAAGCAGCAAAUGACAAGCGAAAGGCGGAACGUAUAAAGCGAACAGAGGCCGAUCUCGCCGAUCUGGACUCUCUGAUUGCCCCGCAUGCGAAUCGCAAGACCAAGACCAACAAGACGGCUCCGCUGGACGUUAAUAGCGACGACUCUGACCUGGGCGAAGAGGCGCCUCUGACCGAGCGUGAGGCGGCCGAUAAGGCUAAGCGAAAGAAGAGCUUGCGUUUCUACACUUCGCAGAUUGCUCAGAAGGCGAACAAGCGUGGGGCUGCUGGCAGGAGCGCUGGAGGCGAUGAUGAUAUUCCGCACCGGGAGCGACUCAGAGACCGGCAAACACGCCUCAAUGCGGAAGCAGAAAAGCGUGGCAAACGAAGCGCAAACAUUGGCUCAGAWCUUGGCGGAGACAGCGACGAGGAUGAUCGCCAACAAGCAGCGCAGAUUCGAGCUCAUGCUGAGGACGACGACUACUACGACAUGGUAGCUGCCAAGGCCUCAAAAAAGAAGAGCGACAAGGCUGCUUUGUCCGAGGCUCAGCGUCAAGCAGCACUUCAAGGCGGCAAAUUGAUACAAGAAGAGGUGGUUGGACAGGAUGGAAAGCGCAAGAUCAGCUAUCUGAUCGAAAAGAAUAAAGGGUUGACACCACAUCGUAAAAAGGACGUCCGUAACCCUCGAGUGAAGAAGAAGAAGAAGUACGAGGAGAAGAAGAAGAAGCUUGCGUCUAUCAAGCCCAUCUACAAGGGCGGUGAAGGAAGGGGUGGAUAUGGAGGAGAGUUGACUGGUAUCAAGAAGGGAUUGGUGAAGAGCACCAGGUUGUGA